UCUUAACAAUUUCCCAGAAAACAGCAAAUUGUAUUAGAAACAAACGACGUUCUGUUACAUCAAGGACAGUUAAGGGAUAUGCUUUCAGGGUAAAGAAGGCAGACGUAUUAAUGCAAAGUUCUUCAGUUGGAAACUUCCAGCGAAUACAGAUGUAAAUUAAUCAUGUUCCGGACCUUGCCAUUAUCUGAAGCAUGGAGCUUGUAGUAAAUUUAGGGGAUGUAACAGUUCUAAAACAAGUUCCGCCCCUCUUCUAGCCAAGCAGGUCUUUUUUAACUCCCUCUGCUAGCUCGUUCCCUGUGAAUUCACCUUUCCCGAAGGUCUUUUGGUGUGAUUUCUCCAUUCACCUGCAGUGCCGCCUCCUGGACAUACACGCGUUUAUGCACUAGCUGCCUUACACAAAGCACAAUGGAACGUCUGUAAGGCACGCGCGUCCUCGGGCAGCCAGAAAGGCAAGCAGUAGACGGGCACGAGCCAAAAAAAAAAAUAAGGAGCGUGAGGGAGUGUAAGAGCGCGCGCAGCGCACCUCCAGUCUGCCAGCUGGAGGACCAAAGACAACGAGAAUACCAGAGGGUAACGCUUAUAUCCAGUUCGGCCAACGCAAGGCAUGGCUGUGGUAACAAGAAUUAUCUCCAGCCUCGCUGCCAAAGGCAUUUCUCGGUUUAUGGUGUUCUUCUUUCUUUUCACAACCCUCGUCCUCUCGUCUUUCCUCCACCGGGCCAGAGCCGAAUUCUCACGGGAGGACAGUCCCUGCAAAGUAAAAACAGUCACUGUAUCUACACUGCCGGUGCUAAGGGAGAAUGAGAUCAAUUUUGGCGGUGGUGGAGGUGCAGCUGCUGCUGCUGCUGGAAGUGGAUCCUCGGCGACAGCUUCUGGAGGAGGAACAGCGGCAGAGUCCCGACUUCUUCUUUUAGUAAGAAAUGACCUGCCGGGACAUGUAGCCGUACUGGACGACCUGGAGAACACGGAACUACCAUACUUCACCUUGGAAAUGUCUGGGACUGUUGCAGAUAUCUCGCUCGUCCACUGGAAGCAACAGUGGUUGGAAAAUGGGACUUUAUAUUUUCAUGUGUCGAUGAGCAGUGCAGAACAUCUGUCACAAGCAACUCCACCAACAAUCCGGGAAGCUUCGGAGAUUGUGGAAGAACAGAUGCAUGUCCUUCAUAUUUCAGUCAUGGGUGGGCUGAUUGCAUUGCUUUUGUUAAUUCUCAUCUUUACUGUGGCCCUUUAUACAAGACGACGCUGGUGCAAGAGACGGCGAGUGCCUCAAAAGAGUGCUAGCACAGAAGCAACACAUGAAAUUCACUAUAUCCCGUCUGUGCUACUGGGACCUCAAGCUCGUGACAGCUUUCGAAACUCUCGUAUGCAGGCACACAACUCUGUUAUCGGGAUGCCUAUUCGUGAGACCCCUAUUUUGGAUGAUUACGAUUAUGAAGAGGAGGACCACCAGCAUCGUUUAGAACCAAAUAAUAGGGAUGAUGAUUUCGGUAGCCAAGUAACACGAACACUUGAAAGCCUUGGAAGGACAGAAGAAGAGAAACCAAACUUUGAAAAAAGAGCCACUGACACGACACAAGAGACGGUGGAGUCACUGAUGCAGAAGUUCAAAGAAAGUUUUCGAACAAACACGCCAAUAGAGAUUUCACAGCUUCAACAUGUUCCCCGCAGUGCGACAAUGGGAAGACGGAAAAGGAGAAGCAAGUCCAGAGGCAGAGUAGGUUUCGGCAGAGCAGAAGAUGAUUCUGGGUCAGAUGCUGAUGAUGAAACUCAACUGACAUUUUACACAGAACACCACAGAGGCAGAAGACGAAGCAAAGGCUCACCCAGAAGCCCAGUGAAUAAAACUACCCUCACAUUAAUCACUGUGAGUGCCUGCAUCCUUGCAGUUGUGUAUGGAAGCCAGCUGACAUGCCCUCUUACUGUGAAAGUGACACUCCAUGUUCCAGAACAUUUCAUUGCUGAUGGAAGCAGUUUUGUUGUAAGUGAGGGAAGCUAUCUGGAUGUGAGUGACUGGUUAAAUCCAGCCAAACUGUCACUGUAUUAUCAAAUUAACUCCACAUCACCUUGGGUACGAGACCUCUGUGGUCAGAAGACAACUGAUGCCUGUGAGCAGCUGUGUGAUCAUGAAACUGGUGACUGCAGCUGCUAUGAAGGCUACUCCCCUGAUCCUCUUCAUAAACAUCUGUGUGUGCGGACUGAAUGGGGACAAAAUGAAGGGCCUUGGCCUUAUACAACAUUGGAGAGAGGGUAUGACUUGGUCACAGGAGAGCAGGCCCCAGAAAACAUUUUCAGGACAACCUACAGUCUUAUUCAGGGCCUGUGGCUUCCAAACAGCAAAAGUUUUGUGGUUCCCCCUGUAGAGCUUUCCAUAAAUCCUUUAGCAAGCUGUAAAACAGAUGUUAUCGUGACAGAAGACCCAGGCGACAUCAGGGAAGAAGCCAUGUUAUCAACCUACUUUGAAACAAUAGAUGACCUGCUGUCAUCGUUUGGGCCUGUACGAGAUUGCUCUCGAAGUAAUGGAGGUUGCACCAGAAAUUUUAAAUGCGUGUCCGACAGAAAGAUCGACUCCACAGGAUGCAUGUGUCCUGUUGGUUUGAGGCCUAUGAAAGAUGGCACCGGUUGCUAUGACUACAACAAAGGAAUAGAUUGCUCAGAUGGAUUUAAUGGUGGAUGUGAGCAACUCUGUCUGCAACAAACUGUACCACUGCCAGAAGAGACUUCAUCUAGCAACAUUCUUAUGUUUUGUGGCUGCGUGGAGGAGUAUAAAUUGGCCCCAGAUGGCAAGUCCUGUAUUAUGCUUUCUGAUGUAUGUGACGGUGCAAAGUGUCAGAAGCCAGAUGCAAAACUAAAUGACACGCUGUUUGGGGAAAUGCUGCAUGGCUACAACAACAAAACCCAACAAGUACAUCAGGGUCAAGUUUUCCAGAUGACCUUCAGGGAAAAUAAUUUUAUUAAAGACUUCCCACAGCUUGCUGAUGGUUUGAUGGUGAUACCGCUCCCUGUAGAGGAGCAGUGUAAAGGGAUCCUCUCGGAACCAAUGCCUAAUCUUCAAAGCUUAACUGGAGAUGUCACAUACAGUGAAGCAGUGGGCUACCCAAUGGUGCAACAAUGGAGAGUUCGAAGCAACCUGUACAAAGUGAAACUCAGUGCUGUAACAUUGUCUGCAGGUUUCUCAAACAUACUGAAGAUUUUAAAUUCAGAGAGCAGCAGAGAGGAGCUGAUUUCUAUUAUCCAACAGUAUGGCAGCCAUUAUAUUGCAGAGGCACUCUAUGGGUCUGAACUAACAUGCAACAUCCACUUCCCUAGUAAGAAAGUGCAGCAACAGCUUUGGCUCCAGUAUCAGAAAGAAACAACCGAGUUAGGAAACAAGAAGGAACUGAAGUCAAUGACAUUCAUUACAUACUUGUCUGGCUUACUAACCGCUCAGAUGUUAUCAGAUGACCAGCUGAUGACUGGAGUAGAGAUACGUUGUGAAGAGAAAGGUUGUUGUCCUUCCACAUGCCAGAUGUGCCGUCGCCAAGGAAAAGAGCAACUCAGCCCAACUCCUGUUCUUCUGGAAAUUAAUCAUAUAGUGCCACUUUACAGUCUGUUACAGAGCAACAUCACAACAGAGGCAUUCAGGACUGCUCUGACAAGCUCAUAUUGGUGUUCAGGAAAGGGUGAUGUCAUUGAAGACUGGUGCCGAUGUGACCUGAGUGCCUUUGAUGAAGACGGACUCCCUAACUGCAGCCCGUUACUUCGCCCCACACUGAGGCUAUCAACAACAAUAGAACCUUCUAGUACCAUGAUAGCUCUGGAGUGGUCCGAUAUCCAGCCAGCUAUAGGAACAAAAAUUUCCGAUUAUAUUAUCCAGCAUAAAAGAGUAGAAGAUUACACAGAUUCAGAGUUGUAUACAGGAGAAUCCCUGAGCUUCUCAGAUGAUUUACUGUCAGGCCUUGGCUCUUCUUGUGUGGUGGCAGGAAGGAGUCACGGAGACUCCACUCACGCAAUCAUGUAUUCCUUGAUUUUUAAGUGCCUGGAACCAGACAGCCUGUACAAAUUUACACUGUAUGCUGUAGACAGCAGAGGAAGACAUUCUGAAUCAAGUGUUGUGGCUCUCAGAACAUCAUGUCCACUUGUUGAUGACAGUAAAUCUGAAGAAAUAGCAGAUAGAAUAUAUAAUUUGUACAACGGCUACACAAGUGGAAAAGAGCAGCAAACAGCUUACAAUUUAUUAAUGGACAUUUCACCUCCCAUGUUAUAUCGUGUCCAGCACCAUUACAAUUCACACUAUGAAAAGUUUGGAGAUUUUGUCUGGCGUACUGAGGAUGAAUUAGGGCUACGGAAAGCUCAUUUGAUUCUAAGAAAACGGGACAGAGUAAGCAACCAUUGUGCAGUCUUAUUACGCAGUGCUUAUAUACACACCCGUACGGAUACCAUCACAUACCUCUUCUGUCGGAGUGAUGAAAGCAGACCUUCAGGGACAAUGUGGUUCAGUGUCCUUAGAGAUAGAAAGGUGACUUGUGAUGAAAAACUCAUGACUGUGACAAGAAAUACUUAUGGAGACCCUAAACGUCGAUGAGAUGGACUUCAUAUAUUUGAACAUCUAUAUUAUUUCAGUUUGGGAACUACUGGAAUGGGAACUUUUUUCACUAGAAAUAUUUAGAAUAAUACUUGGUAAAAAGAAGAUCUUUGAUGAAACCAGCCAAAUGAACUCUACCACAAUAUACAGAACAAAGUGGACUCUCAACUGAUUUUUUUUUCUUUUGUAUAGAUGGCAUAGUCAUGGAAAGUUAAGGUAAUUCAGCAUGUAAAUGAGGAAAGUAAUGUGAAAUUGAAAGUAUGCAGAUAAAUUAUAAAGGUGCUUUUUAAUUUUUCUGAAACCAAGAAAGUAAAAAAACAUGAUUAUUUAUA